AUGUGCAAAUCGCCACUUCACCCGUUCUUGGCCGAGCUGCCCAAGUGCGAGCACCAUAUCCAUCUGGAAGGAUGUCUCACUCCAGAAUUGGUGUUCAAGCUUGCCGCCAAGAACAAGAUCGAAUUACCUUCCCCGGAGCAGGAUCCAGCCUACAAAUCACCGGAGUCCCUGGCGAAGAGAUACGAGCACUUCGAUAACCUCGAGGAUUUUCUGCAGUACCACUACCGAGCGAUGCGGGUGCUCGUGACCAAAGAGGACUUCGAGAUGCUCGGCUGGGAGUAUUUCAAGAGCUCCCAUGCAGACGGUGUUCAGCAUGCGGAAGUCUUCUUUGAUCCUCAAAGCCAUACUACUCGCGGCAUCUCAUUUGACACCGUGGUCACCGGCUACAAAGCUGCCUGUAAACGUGCCGAAGAGGAGCUUGGCGUCACUAGCCUCCUGAUCAUGUGCUUCCUUCGACAUCUUCCAGCACCUGCGGCGGCUGAGACGCUGCAACAGGCCAUUGAUGGCGGAUACCUUGAUGUGCAAGAUGAGCCUAGUGCAGCUGAUAAUGGAUCUCGUGUCAUCGGCGCUCUCGGCCUGGACUCGUCUGAGAUUGGUUUCCCGCCGGAGCUCUUCAAGGAGCAGUUUCUCGAGGCAGAGAAGCGAGGUAUUCACAGGACAGCUCACGGAGGCGAGGAGGGCGAUACGAGCUACAUCAGCGGAGCCAUGGAUUCUCUUCAUGUCGAGAGAAUCGACCAUGGAAUUCGUCUCAUCGAGGACCCUGCACUCAUGCGCCGGGUCGCGGAGGAGGGCAUUCUCCUGACAAUGUGUCCGCUUAGUAACCGCUAUUUGCAAGCUGUUGAGAAAAUCAGUGACUUGCCCAUCAAGACGUUCAUGGAGACUGGCAUCAAGUUCAGUAUCAAUAGCGACGAUCCUGCAUACUUUGGCGGCUAUAUACUCAACAAUUUCUGUGCUAUCCAGGAGGCCUUCAACCUCAGCGUCAAGGAUUGGAAAAUCAUAACAGAAAACUCGAUCCAUUGUAGUUGGGUUGCGCUCGACGUCCUUGAGUUGGCUGGCUACCUCAUCGAAGCACCUGCACUUCCAUCUUGCGUAGACGGCAAGAGUACUCCCGAGGACGACGCGCAACUCAUCGCAAGGCGUGCGUCAGAGCUCGUGGACGCCGGUAAGGAGGUCGUCGCAAUCGCCCAUUCCUACGGCGGCAUGGUCGCCUCUGAGGCCCUAAGCGGGCUGGGAGUGCGAGAGCGGGAGGAGAAGGGCCUCGCGGGCGGCGUGAAACGGAUCAUCUAUACGGCGGCGUUUGUGCCGUUGCCGGGCACGUCCAUUGAGAAGACGUCUCCUACGGACUCGGUGGGGUGGCUGAAGUACGAGGGCGACCAAAAAGCAUUUAAUUGGCACUGGGAAACAAGCAUCGGCGAUGUCUUUUAUCCAGACCUGACGGGGGACGAGCAGGAGAAGUAUCUCUCCCGUCUCGCCUUCCACCCGAAAUCCUGCUCGCUGUGGGAGCCCACAGCGUUCGCGUAUCGGGAAAUCGAUGUGACAUACGUCUUCUGCGAAAAGGACGCCGCUGCGCCGUUGGUUGCACAGCAGUUCCUCGCUGGAGCCAUCAAAGAUGCAGGUGUGCAGAUUGCGGAGGAGACUUUGCCCGCUGGCCACUUUCCGUUUCUGAGCAUGCCCAACGAGUUUGCUGAGAUUGUCAUCAAGUAUGCGUAG